AUGGUCGUUUCUUUCCCCUGCUACUCGUGGGAUCAUUAUAUGGACCAAGAAAGCAAAAAACCCAAUGACGAGGAUGGAUCAAACCGUCCCGAUCCUUCUCCUAAGGAGGAGGAAACUAAGGAGCGUGGGACUAUUCCUACCCCAAACAACUCACCUCAGCCGGAUCAGGAAACAGAGGGGCCCAGAUCCCCCUCGCCUGAGAAGGCAGAAGGUGAACCUCCUUUCGGGGUCUCCAAGCAAUUGGAGAAAUUAUCCCUGGAAAAGAAAAGGUUUGCAGGGGCGACAAGAAAGCUCCUCUCAAGACUUCUCAAGGGCGGAAUGCCCUAUGAGACCGCUCUGCAGACGAUUCUGCAGCGACAAGCGGAGAAACAAAGGGCACAGAUAAGUGGGGGUACCUCUUCCGGGAAGAGACAAAUCAACCCGGAGGAGAAUAAACCUCACACUGGUGCUCCUAAUGCUAGCAAGCGCAUCCGCUCGGAUGCAAGCACGCCUGAACAGAGCGCUAAGAAGCCUUGUAGGGAGGGCGCAAGAAGCUACGUGGAAGCCGCUGGGGAAAUAAGGGUUGGAGUAAUCCGACCUAACCACCCAGAGAACAGCCUAUCCACCGAGCAACUCUUGUUGUUGAAACGUGCCAUUAUGAAGGCCGUGGACGCAAGCACAGAGGAAGGACUACAGGUACGCUUCCAAGGCUGCUCGAUUCGGCCUGGAUGGCUGCUUGUAAUCUGUGCCGACGAGACCAGCGCUGCGUGGUUAGAAAGGAUGGUCAACGACCUUUCGCCAUGGCAGGGCAUGGAACUCAGGGCAGUAAGGGGGCGGGAUAUACCCAAGCCUCAUGUCUGUACGGCCUACAUUCCCGAUGAUGAGCCUGGAGAACGGCUCAGAGGGGAUGUUGUGCUGAACAGACUUAGAAGAAUGAAUCUUAGCCUGCUAACUCAGGAGUGGAGAAUCCUCCACCAGAGUGAUGCAGGGCCGGGACAAACCUGGACCUUUGCGGUUGAUGAGAGAUCCAUGGAUCUCCUUCGCCGCAACGGAUUCAGGGCCUACUUUGGGUUUGGGCAGAUUACCUUCCGACCCAGAGAUAAGGAAAAUGAAACCAAUACGGAGCAGACCAGGGCGUCAGUCUCGGGAGAUGGUGGGGACCAUCCUACAGCCUCUCGGGUGACGACUGACGCCACGAGGUCUGGCAACACCCAGAGGGAGAGAGCUGGAGGCAAAGUAGUGGCACGGAAAAACCCGGCCAUGAAAGGGUCUAAAGCUAAACCCUCUGGAGCCUCGGGGAAGCCUGGCAACUCGAGUGGGAACAAACCCACCCGGAAAGGCAGGCGGAACGAAUGUAGGUUUCCCACCAAAAGGGGACGUAGACCCCCUGACGGUGGGAGCAAAACCUAA